AUGUCUAAACCUUCAGAGCAUUCCCAAGCAGGUGAUGAAAUCAAAGAAAAAGAUGAAAUAGUCGCAGUCAUGGUAGCUGACAGCUUCACACGUGCAUUUUGGCCUAUAACUAAUGAUACUCCGAAAGCUCUAAUUCCACUCUGCAAUAUUCCAAUGAUUGAAUACACCCUUGAACUAUUAGCUCUCAAUAAAAUCAAAAAGAUUUACAUCUUUUGCUGCUCUCACGCUCAGCAAGUGCUUGAUUAUAUUGAAUCUCAGCACUAUUCCCACUUUCAAGUAAUCCCUCUUUAUCAGCCUUCCUGCAAAAGUCUUGGUGAUGUCUUCAGAGAAUUGGAUGCAAAACAAAUCAUUCGCAAAGAUUUUCUAUUACUUUUUGCAGACUGUGUAGGGAAUGCUAACUUGCAAGACGCAAUCAAUAAGCACAAAGAACUUCGUCACGAAAACAAAGAAUUUAUCUUAACCAAGGUUUUUAAAGAAGAAAGAGUAGAUAGCCCAUUGAGGACUGAGGAAGAUCAAACUGUUGUAGUCCUCGACCAAGAUCAAAUCCUCCAAUACGACUGCAUUUCAGGCUGCUCCCAAGCUAAAAUGAACAGCAACAUAAAAUUCAAAGCAGCGAGACAGUUCAAAGUUCGCUAUGAUUUAGUCGACACCGGAAUCAACAUCUGCUCUCACGAUGUUUUGCAUUAUUUCUCUGACAGCUUUGACUACCAUGAUUUAAGAGACCAUUUAAUGAAGGAUCUGAUUACUUCAGAAAUCUACUCAGACAAAUUUGCAGCAUAUGUGAUUCCUAAGCAUCAAUAUCUAGCCCAAGUAAAGGUCCCGCAGGUUUAUGAUGCGAUUUCAAGAGAUAUCAUGAAUAGAUGAAUGCACCCCGUCUGCUUGUCAACAAACCUAAUUCCUCCUACCACUCCCACUUGCUAUAAAUGUAGCAGGAAUAGUAUUUAUAAAGAAGAUAAAGUACAAAUAGGGCACACAUCAACUAUAGACCCGCCUACAGCGAUUGGAAGUGGAACAAAAAUAGGAGACAAAACUCACAUAACGGGUAGCGUUAUAGGAAGGGGCUGCAUAAUAGGAAACGGGGUGACUAUUGAGCAUUCUUAUAUAUGAGAUAAUGUACUUGUAGAAGAUGGCUGCGUAAUUUCUCAUGCCAUUAUAUGCACGAAUGCUGAUAUCGGAAAAAAUUCGAGACUCCUUCGAGGCAGCAUUAUCUGCAAAGAUGUGGUUUUGAACGAAGACACAGUUAUUCCUGAAACUGCUAGAGUUUCUCUAUAUAAGUAUGACUCUCACCAUAAAAAAUAUGAAAAAUCAGAUGAGGGAACUGAUUUAGGAAAAGGCUUUAUUUUUAAUAGAGAACUUGACCCAGAGCUUCAUGAAUCUUUGACUGCUAAAAAAAUAGAAGGACAGUGCAUAGGUGGGAAAUUCUAUUGGCUUGAAUCUGAAGAAGAGCAAAGCGAGUCUGAUGAAAGCUCAGACGAAGGCGAAAUCAUAAUUCCUCAGAAGGGAAUGAGCAAAGAACGUAAGGUUUAUGAUAGAUUUUAUUGAAGAAAUUACACAAAUGGUAGCUGAAGCCAUAGAAAGGGAUGAUGAUGUAGAAAAUGUAAAGGUCGAAAUUAAUUCAUUGAAAUUUUCUGCAAACCAAAGCUUUGAAAACUGCAUAACAGGGAUUGUGAAAGGAAUUCUGGACACAGCCCCUGUAAAACCAGCAGGACACAUCAAGAAAUGGAAAGGGAUUUUGGAAAUUUAUGUGAGAAGUGAGCAUGAAAAAUCGCAAACAAUCAGGGAAAUAGAAAGCCAUAUUCAAAAUUUAAGCUGCAAAAGUCAAUUUAAUUGGAUUGUUAAAGUGCUUUAUGAGGCUGAUGUAAUUAAUGAAGAAGCGAUUAUCAAUUGGUACAAUGAAACACAGUCAGAUGAUUUGAAAGCUCAGGUAUCUGCUAAGUAGAUGGCUCCGUUUGUAGAGUGGCUACAAGAAGAAGAGGAAGAAGAAGAGGAUGAAGAGGAAGAAGAAGAAGAAGGAGAAGAGGAGGAGGAGAAAGAGGAGGAAGAGGAUGAAGAAGAUUAA